AUGCGUGCCAUUACCUGGCCUGUCUUUCCCUUCUCCCGACCCUCAGAUUGCCUUCUACUGGUGUCUACAAUCGCUCCCCUCUUUGGACGUGCUUAUGCUGCCUCGGAUCCGUCCUUACAACUCUCUGCUUCGCUCCCCUCCCCCCUCCUAUAUAUCGGUCUUCUUCCCCCCCUUCUCCCUCUCUCGCCUCCGUCCUCUCCCCUCGUUUCCUCCUCUCGCAUUUCUCUCUUCACCCCCCCUCCGCCCUCGGUUCCCCCCCCACUUCUCUCUACCCCCAACACCCAACCAUCCUAUCUGCCAUCCUGCCGUCUCUCCGUGCCUCCCUUGCGCCAUCCCUCCGUGCCUCACUCUGUCUCCCUCGCCCUCUCCCACAUACUCCCCCAACCCACCCCAGCACGUGUCACGUCGCUACCUUCCUCAUCUCUGGUUGACGCCCUGUGCUCCGCUCUGGCCAGUGCACGCAGCCCACAAGGCAUGGCGCAAGGCAGAGCACAAGGAAACGGAGGGGAAAGGGCGGUGAGGGAGGGUGGAGGGCAGGCAGUGGGUCUGCUGCUGGAGGAGCUAGAGAGACGCGUGCAGACGGGGGUGGGGAGCGGUGUGGAGGGGUUGGGGCUGGUAAGAGUGCGGUUGGAGGAGCAGCAGAGCAGGUCGAGCGUUCCAAGUGAAAGAGGCUUGACGAGUGAGCGAGGAGGCGAAGGGAGGAGGGCGGGAGGGCAGGGAGUGGACGAAGCAGCAGGUGGGCACGAGAAGAGCGAAAGGAGGGAAAGGAGGGAGUGGGGGCAGCUUUGUGCACGAGUGCUGCGAGCAGCAGCGAUGGCAGGCAACGCAGACGUGGGGCAGCGUGUGAUGCAUGCGAUGCUGUCAGGCGGUGUGCCCGUUGCGGUGGGCGCCCAGAUCUCGUUCCUCCGCGCCUUGUGCAACGCCGGCAGGAUGCAUGAGGCCUUGAACUGGCUUGAGAUGCGCGUGCAGCAGAGGCAGCAGCAGGGCGGCAGCAGCAGAAGGCUGAUCACCGCAGGGAGGAGAGGCCAGGCGCAGCACUCCCACCAUCAUCGCUCAACAGCAUCAUCAUCACCAUUUUCACCACCACCAUCACCACCACCACCACCACUAUCAGCAUCACUGCCAGCAUCAGCCUCGGCAUCAGCUGCACCAUCAGCCGUGUGUGCGGCGCUGUGUGCGGGGGUGUUCAACGUGGUGCUGACGGCGUGUGCGCGGGGCAGGGACAGCCGCAGUGCAGCGCGCUGUGUGCUGCUCAUGGAGCAAUGCGCCGUGCCCUGCGAUGCCAUCUCCUACACCGAGCUCAUCAAGCUGGCAGGGCUAGUGGGGGACCGAGAGGCGGUUGAGGACCUUUGGAAGCAGCUACUGCACGCCAUGGCUGCUGCACACCCACAUGCUCCUCCUCCCCCCCCCUCACCACCCACACACUCACCCCGUCAACCUCCCAGCAGUCCAUCUUCCACACUCUCGCCAGAACCCUCACCCACCACCACCACCAGCACCACCACCUCCUCCUCCCCAUCAGCCCAGCACCCCCAUCCCUACCCAUCGUCCCCUUCACCCCCGUCCUCCCCUCCCGCUCCCCCGCCACUCCCCCUUGUGGCCUUGACUGCACGUGUGGUGGCGUUCUCCCGCAUAACCGGUGCUCUCUCUGACGCACUGCAAGCCAUGGGGGACAUGGAAGCAGCUGUGGUGAGGGAGCUGCAAGGGGGACACGGCCGGAUAGGCUCCGGGUGUGGCCUGCUGCUGGAGAGAGCCAGUGCAGUGCGGUUGAAGUCGGUGCGGGUCGGAGCAGGAGGAAAGGAAGGGAUUGGUGGAAUUGAGGAGAGACAUGGGCUUUCUACAGCAGCAGAGGGAGCAGCAGGAGCAGUGGGAGCAGCGGCAGCAAGAGUUCCGGAAGAGAGGAGUGAGAGGUCGAGUGACAGGAGAGGGAGGGGCAUGUGGGAAGCACGAGGCACAUGGGGGUGCAACAGGGAGGGUGCAUGGGAUGGAAAGCAGCUGCUGGCGCUUAUAUCCCAGCAUGAGGGGCAUGAGACAGAGGGCGUUGCUGCUGAGUCGCGUGGGGAGUCAGAGGGAGCGGCGCUGGGUGGAGCUGGGGAAGGGAGUGGCGAGGAAGCAAGAGGGGUUUCCAUGAAUCGGGACAUGGGAUUGGGUUUAGGGAUGGGCCGGGGAAUGGAGUUGCAGGGUGCGAAGGAGGGGCGGGAGUGGGAGGCGGUGGAGAUGGGUUUGCGGGUGGGCUGGAAUGCCAUCCUUAAUGCGGCUGCGAAGCAUGGCCGAUGGGACUUGGCUCUGGCUAUGCUGCAACGGAUGGUGCAGUGGGGAGUGCGUCCAGAUGACUACACCAUCAACGCUCUCACCCGCGCUGCCUUCGCUUCCCACCGACCCACCCUCGCACAGGCCAUAGUAAUUCGACCUGAUCAGGCUUUCACUCGCUCUGAUGCAGCAGCAGCAGCAGUAGCUACUUCAACCGCGUCUGGAGAGCAUGCAACGCGCCUGCGGUUCGCAGGGAACGCUCUCAUCCGCGCGUGCAGCAAGGAGGGCCGGUUCGACAAUGCCUUGCAGGUGUUUAAAGCCAUGCUGGCUGACCAAGUACCCGUUGACACCUGCACUCUGCAGGCCCUGCUGCUGCUUGCUGCCGGCCCCACCACGCCCACUAGGUGGGGCAUCAAAGGGAGUGGUUCCGGUGGAGGAAUGGGAGGUGGAGGGGACCUGGUGGGGGAUUGGAUGGGAGUGGGGGACGGUUGGGGAGGGAAUGAGAUGGGGCUGCGCGGGGUGAGGGGAAGAAGGGGUGGGGAAGGUUGGGGAGAUGGUGAAGGGGGUGCAGGGGAAUUGGAAGGUGAAGCUGGCAUGGGGCGGUGGAAGAGCGGGGAUCAUGAUCACGAGGAUAUGGAUGGAGAGACAGGAGUAUCUGCGGUCGGAUGGAGAGAUGAUGAUGCUGGUGCGGUGGACGAGGAGGGAGAGGGGGGGGGGACGAGGCAGAGGGAGGUGUGGCAGCGAGUGGCAGCAGUGGAGGCGGCAAUGGGUGCUGCUGGUGUCAGGCACUCUGCUGCAUCCUUCUGCACACUCUCCCUCAAUCACCGGAUUCUUCUCCCUCCCUCUUGCCUCUUCUUUCCCUUCCAACCUGCCUGGCAGGUGCGAGUGUUGGGCGGGGCGGGGCUGUGCAGGGCGAUGCAGCAGCACGUGCAGUGGGGGCUGUCCACGCCUGAUGCUGCUGGCCGCCCGCUCACCGACACGCUCACUCUCAACACCGCCAUUGCUGCCGCCGCCAGGCUCGGCCAGGUGCACGCAGCAAGGCAGCUGUUUGCUCUCACAGAGCAGCACCGGCACCUCACACCCACCACCGUCACAUUCAAUGCUCUCCUCAACGCCCUUGCUGUCGCUGCUGCGCACCCAGGGGCAGGCAGUGCGAGUGCAAGGGGGAGCAGGAGGGGCGGAGACGUGCUGGUGGAGAGGGAUGGCCGGUGGCGGGGAGGAGGGGAGUGGGAGGGCGAGGGUGGUGAGACGGACUGUGUGGCUGAGGUGUGCGACGUGAUUGAAGAGAUGGAGGAGAGGGGGGUUGAGCCGGAUACCAUCACGUUUAACACUGCCAUCAAGGACUACAAGGCAGCGCAUCGCUUCCUAGCACGCAUGGAGCAGCACCCUCACCUCACCCCCGACCAGACCUCUUACAGCACCGCUGUCGCGUUUGCUGCCUUCCAGGUGAGUGCUUAUGGGUGGCUGUUCACUCUCUCAUAUAGCUGUGCUGGUGUGGAGAGGCUCGUUGAUUCCACCUUCCCGCUGUUGCUCCUCUUCCUCACAACCCCACUGUCCCCCGCCAUUCGGUCUAAAAUCCGCCCUUCCACCACCUUGGUCCCCCCUUUCCCUCCCCUCACCCCCACACACCGCCCUCUUACACCGCUCAUCUUCCUGACACACCUCUCCCGCUGUCCGCAUCCCCACUCCCCGACUCUCCCCACCAACCAAUCCCAGGGCAACAUCUUUCACAUGGAGCUCUUCCUGGCGCGGCUGCUACGGCAGCGUGUGCCGCUCUCCUUCUCCGCGCUUGCCUCGGUCGUAGAGGCAUACGCCCAUGCCAUUCCCCGCAGAAUCAACCAAGUCACACCUGCCACUUUAGCUCUAGCCGAGCAUUCACAGCAGGUGCAGUGGGAGCAAGGGGGCAGACUUGAGGGAGGCCAGGGGGAGAGCAAGGCGAUUGAGAAGGCAGAGGUGAAGAGGCGGGGGAGAGGGUCGGCAGUAGUGUCUGGGGGGGAGGAGAAAGGAGGGGUUGCUGUGAGGAGUGGGGAGGGACGGUUGAUGGAGUUUGCAUGGCAGCUGGCAGCAGAGGUGGAGACGAGUGGGGAGUGCGAGGAGGAAGGUGGUGGAGUGGCGAGGAGGGAGAGUGUGGUGGGAUGGAGGGCUCGGAUUGAGGAGCAAUUACAACAGUGGGAACGUGCUCUGGAAUAG